UCAAAAUUGGCGAUAUCAUUUAUGAAUGCGCCACCAAGCGACAGCUGACUGCAUCUAUGCAUGCUUGAUUCUUUUUCGGUGAUCAUAAACAAAAUUUGCAAAAAAUGAAAUUAUUUGUGACAUUAUUGGCACGUUUACCUCGGCCAUAUCAUUAUUCGAAUUAUCCCGAACGAUUCAUACGUAAACAAACGGAAUUUAUCGAAUGGAAAACACCACCAUAUCCAAAUUAUCAACCAAGAAUAGUUCGAUAUCGAAAGAAUGCCUACUAUGAUAUUAAUCGUCCAUGGACAACAGAAUUUCAGGAUCAAAAUGCACCGAAUAUUAAACAUCCGAAAAUAUAUGUCGAACCAUUCAAACAAUUUCCAAUAUUUCUCGGUGAUAUUGUACAGGUGAUGCGUGGAAAAGAUCGUGGUAAAGGAACGGUCAACUAUGUAGUAGAGGAACGAAAUUGGGUAUGUGUUCGUGGCCUAAAUCGCAAAUAUCGUCUCAUGCAACGUGAUCCAUCGUUUCCAGGUGUAUUGAAUACGACAGAAGAACCGUUACUAGUGCCUCGUGAUGUAUCGUUAGUCGACCCGGAAGAUAAUCAGCCUACCACCAUUGAAUGGCGUUAUGAUGAAGAUGGUAAUCAGGUACGUGUUAGUGUACGUACCGGUCGUGUUAUACCAAUACCACGUAAAGCGUAUGAAACACGUGAUUAUACCGUUCCUGAAGCUUAUAAAGAUCAACCAAAAGAUACGGCAUCAGAUGAAGUGGUUAAAGCAACUUUCAAACCAAAAUUGAAAACAUUUGAAAUGGAUAUCAUGGAAGAUCAUGGUAUCCAAGAACAUCGUAUUCAAAAUGAAAAAAGUUGUCACUAUUUAAACAUCGAGGACGAAAUAGACACGUGAGCCAAUUUUUUUGUCAACAAUUAUAAACAUUCACAUCAUUGAUUGAUUUUUGAUUUAAUCGCGAUGUAAUGUGUCAAAUGGAAAGCCAAAUUAUUCAUCGUUAAAAUCGUAUGCAACGAGAUGAUGAUCACGGCUUCUACAACUGGAUCUCUGGACAAUAAUAAUAGCAGCCAAGCAAUUGUACAUUCGGUCGGAAACGUCUUUCAAAUCAGUCCGUUCAGUCUGGCUAGCCGACGGAGUGCAUUUUCGCCUUACAGGCCAUCGACUGUAUUGACCAAUCUACAACGUGGUAACAUCCAAACACAAACAUCGAAUGAACCAGUUUAUCGUAGUGUCCAUCAAUUGGCUGCAUUGGGUGAAUUAUUCUUGUGUCAUUUAGACAAUAAAGUUGUCAACAAAAUCGAUGAAAAAGGAUUGACACCAAUACUAUGGGCUGCUUCUUAUGGCCAAUUAGCAUCCAUACAAACAUUACAUAAACAUGGUGCCAAUAUUCAUUUCAAAGGAUCAGCUGGCGAGAAUGCAUUAAUGUUGGCAGCAUCUAAUGGACAUUUAGCCGUAAUCAAACAUUUAAUUCAGUUGGGUAUCGAUCUUAACGAAACGGAUGAAGAUGGCAACACUGCAUUAAUGUAUGCCGUUUAUGGUGAUUAUAAAACUUGUGUGCAAGAAUUGUUGAAUAAUAAUGCUGAUAUAACUGCUGAGAAUAGUAAUCUUGAUACGGCUUAUUCUAUUGCGGUAAAACGAAAUUUUCAUUCAGUUCGUGAGCUAUUGGAAACGUAUACAUUUAAUUUAUUGAAUCAUCAACAAACUUAAAACGAUCUUCGAACAUCUUUUACUCACAUUUGUUUCACAUGAAUAAAAACACAGUUCCAUCACUACUA